AUGUUUCCAAUAAAAGUGCUGCUAAAGACUUAUUCCUUAUGUAUUUUAGUAGUCGAUGUUGUAUGGGUUGUUGUAAACACAAAUUAUGCAAUACUGCAAGCCAUUUAUGGUCUUUUUAAUCCACCUCCCUUAAAAUCUUUGCAGCUUGAGGCAGCAUUGAUUAUUGGAUCAGGGAGAGGAGUUGGCCGUCAGAUAGCCAUACAAUUAGCAGAGCUUGGUGCAACAGUUUUGUGUGUGGAUAAAAAUGUUGCUAACAAUGAGGACACAGUUAGAACAAUUAAGAGCAAAGGAGGUACAGCAUACAUUUACGAAUGUGAUAUAAUAAAAAAGGAAAAUGUUACUGCAAUGUCAGAGAAAGUGAAGAAAGAUAUUGGAUUUGUGAGCAUGCUGUUUUACUGUUGCGGAAUUCCAAGUCCACGUUCACUGAUGACUGAGCCUCCACAAGAUAUUCAUGAAACAUUAGACUUAACUUUGACUUCAUACUUCUGGCUUAUCGAGCAAUUCAUGCCUGAAAUGAAAGCAAAGAACCAUGGCCAUAUUGUGGCAUUGACUUCUGUUGCUGGCUUAAGUUACAUAAAGGAUCAGAUGCCUUUCAGUGUAGCGCAGUUUGCUGUUCAAGGACUUGCUGAAUCGUUGAUGGAGCAUUUAAGAAUAAACAAGACUGAUGGUGUAUAUGUCACUCUUACCCAUAUUUAUCCAUUUAUAGUUGAAGAAAGUUCAGAUUUACGAUUAAGGAUUUCUAGUUAUUUCGGAACAAUCACUCCUGAAAAUGCAGCUAGGUCAAUCUUGGAUAGUGUACGACGCAACUACCCAGAGGCAUCUGUUCCUAAACAAUUGCUAUAUUUUGGUCAUAUUCUCAGAAUAUUGCCUAGAAAGGCUACAAUACUAAUCAGGGAUCUUCUUGACACGGGGGUAGAUUUUGCG